AUGCAUCGUCUUUUUGAUGAGCUGGAGCCAUCUUUAACCGUCACAGAGCAAAACCUGGCAGACCGAGUUCGGUAUAUCUUGCGCUCAAAUAUAUUUGAUGUCGCCGAACUCGAAUGGCUACGACGUGAGGCUGUUCCCUCAUCGGAUGAAAAUGCUACGGCUGAGGAUGCGGCGCUACAAAUUGUAGAGCAACCCGCAAAUGUGGAUGCCGCCAUGAAUACUCCAGUUGUGGUUGAAUCAAACGAUGAUGGAACAGUCGCCCAGGAACUGGAAUUAGAGCAUAUGAGGAGUACAAUUGGAAGAGGCUAUUGUGGAAAUGCUGGUGACCCAUUUGGAAGCCAGCUGGGACCUUUGCGAGACGGACGUAAUUCUUUUUGGCGCCGCGCUGGCAGUCUGCCGUAUCAUAGGCGCCAAGGUUUCCACGGCUGGACGCGCUACUAG